AACGACCGGUAACUCUCGCUGUCGAACAUGAAUCAAAAUAUGCUUUAAAAUUGUGUUUUACUUAGAUUUAUGUCUAAAACUCUAGAUUUCUAAAUCUAAGUACCACAAUGAGAGUCGUUAAGCCUGGAUGGAUUAAUCAUGAUGGUAAACCAAUAUUCUCUGUGGAUAUCCAUCCUGAUGGCUCACGUUGUGCGACUGGUGGCCAAGGGGAUGACUAUGGAAAAAUUGUGAUUUGGAACAUGGAGCCACUCAGAAAUGAGGCUCUUGAAGCAGAUGAAGCCAGAGCACCAAAGAUGAUUUGCCAGUUGGAUAAUCAUUUUGCUUGUGUCAAUUGUGUGAGGUGGUCUCACAGUGGUAAAUUUCUUGCUUCUGGGGGAGAUGACAAACUUAUCAUGAUCUGGCAGACGGGUCGUACUGCAGAGCCUUCUAAGGCUUUUGGAUCUAAUGGAAGCAUUGUCAUCCAUGAGAAGUGGCGACCUGUUUUCACUCUCAGAGGUCACUCUGGAGAUGUCCUUGACUUGAGUUGGUCCCCCCAAGAUGUGUGGUUAGCUUCUUGUAGUGUUGAUAACACUGUAGCUAUUUGGAAUGCUUUAAAGUUUCCUGAGCAGCUAGCAACCUUGAAAGGGCACACUGGGUUAGUGAAAGGAGUUACAUGGGACCCAGUUGGCAAAUAUGUGGCGACACAGUCUGAUGACCGCACUCUAAGAAUUUGGCGUACAAUGGACUGGCAACAAGAAGCCCUGAUAUCGGAGCCUUUUAAAGAGUGUGCUGGCACCACACAUUUCUUGAGACUCAACUGGUCACCUGAUGGUCACCACAUAGUGUCUGCCCAUGCCAUGAACAACUCUGGGCUGACUGCCCAGAUUAUUGAAAGGGCAGGUUUCAGAGCCACAUUGGAUUUUGUUGGACAUCGGAAAGCUGUAACAGUAGUUAGAUUCAAUCCAAAUAUUUUCUCCAAGAAAUUCAAAUCUGAUAAGUCUCAACAGUAUUCAUGUUGUGCUAUUGGCAGCAAGGAUAGAUCACUUUCAAUUUGGUUGACAGCUUUAAAGCGACCACUUGUUGUUAUGCAUGAUCUGUUUGAUAACUCCAUCAUGGAUUUAAGUUGGAGUCAGAAUGGGCUAGAGCUUAUGUGUUGUUCUAUCGAUGGAUCUGUGGCUUUCAUGGAUUUUACUAAAGAAGAGAUUGGUCAGCCCAUGUCUAAAGAAGGAGUGACCGAUUUUCUUGAGAACAUCUAUGGCAAGGGUAUCUCGCUGAAUGCUGCAGCAAACAAAGGAAGCCAGAUUAUAGAGUCUGCUGCCAUGUUGAACCUUCAACAGCAAAAAAAUAUGACCACUGAUUCCCUUCUGCUGACUCCUAACAAGAACAGUAACAUGUCAGCCAGUGGUGACAGGGGCCCUUUCAAGCCCAGGGAUAAACAAAUUGAGACACGUACAGCUGAUGGAAGGAGAAGAAUCACUCCAAUAUUUCUGGCACCACAACCUGAAGUUGGGGAAGUUCCGCUGCCUUUCUCUUCCAACUCCAAUAUCGAGUUCCACUCUUCAUCGGAGAAGAGCAAAAUUGUUGUGGAAAAGCAGAACAGAGUGACAGUUCCUGGGAUGGUGUCCCCUUCCUCUGGGUCCAAAUCUACACCCUCCUCUCCUAGCCACACUCCAUCCUUGUCCUCUGUGGCAAGAGAUGUGUUUGCCGCGAAAGAAACUCAGAAGCCCCCAAGUGAAACAGUUACAGAUACACCCAUUCGUAAAUCACAGUCGGAAGUGACACCUGAAAAUAUUCCUACAACACCUGUCAAACCAGACCAGUCAGAACCCUUGGAUGAAAAAUCCCAACAACUGCCAACAACCCCACUUCAAGCACCAUCAGCAGAAAAAUCCAAACAGGGCGGGCAGGAUUCUGGGAAAGAUGUGGCACUAGUCAAAGAUAAACUCAAGACACAUCUUACAGGAGGAAGUCUUAGCCUGAAGAGAAAGCUAACAGAAGACAAAAGAUCUGCAAAGAGGGGUCGGCCGAGCAAAUCUGAUCAAGCUGCUAGGGAGGCAGCAAUGGCGGCAGCAGUGAAAGAGGCUUUAAGCAGCAUGAAUAACAUUGCUAGAAUAGAGACACCCUCGGCUGCUGGUGCAACGGGAGCAUUAACAAUGUCACAGCUAAGGGAGACCAAAGUUGUGUCUUCUGUCCCAGAUCUUCAGUUACCUGCCCUUAGUAUUAGUAGCACCACUUCAAAAACAAUUCAAGGUCAAAUGGGAGAUGCCCACUCUAUUGUUUUAGAAGUGGAGAAUGGCAAUGACUCUGGUGGAAUUCAUAGGUUAAGAUGUUUGCAAGGUGGUCAAGUAGUUUGGGAUCACAUGCUGAUGUCUAAAAUCUGUGCAGUGGCAGGAUCAAGUCAAACUCUGUGUGCUGCCUGUCAGGAUGGAACAUUAUCAGUGUUCAGUAAGAAAGGCAGGAGGUUGCUGCCCUGCCUUGUGCUGGGUUCCCCGCCAACAUUUCUCUCAUGCAACGGACACUACAUCAUGGUUGUCACCACAAAAGGGCUGCUAUUCGUCUGGAAUUGUCAGACAUUGAAAGCUGAAAUUAAGGAAGUGUCUUUGACAGCUGUAAUGUCUGAAAAGGACACAGUAGAUCAGUUUAAGCUGACCACACAAGGUGUGCCUAUUGUCACACUUACAAAUAAGAAAUCUUAUAGUUUCUGUGUCAACAUCGGAUGUUGGAUUUUGGCUUUUAGUGGUGAUGACAGACUUGAAAGCUUCUCAAACCACCAUCACUGCACUCCAUUCAAACAUAAACCAAUAGGACCCUUAGCUGCCUUACAGAAAUCCAACAGGCCAAGUAUACAGGUAUCUAGAUCAUUCCAGUCCAAUCCAGGUGCCCAGCAGUCCAUGACCUUGAGCCAUCUUGAGAGUCAGAUCACCUCAAGUCUGGCCUUACAGUCCCCCACAGAAUAUCAGUUUUGGUUGGAAACAUAUAUACGUUACUUGGCGCAAGAAGGUGUUGAAGAUAAACUCCGAGAGGUGUGUGAUGAGCUCCUUGGUCCCCUGUACAAAUCAAAAAGUCAGAAAUCUUGGUCCCAGUAUGUUCUGGGCCUAGAUAAAAACAGCAUUCUGCGUAAUAUAUUACCCUCUAUUGGAGCCAACCUCAAAUUCCAGAGAUUGUACACAGAAUACAAGGAACAACUGGACACACUACAGACAACAUAAGAACUAAUAGGAACAACUGGACACACUACAGACAACAUAAGAACUAAUAGGAACAACUGGACACACUACAGACAACAUAAGAACUAAUGUAAUUGACAUCUUCUCAGGACUUGCUGCCAGCCUUGCUGUUAUCUGACUACCAAGCUUGAACAGUAUUGGGUUGUGCUAAGUGAACUUCAUUGGGAGGUCAUGCCUCAACAUGGAUGAAUAUGCUCUUAUUUGAAGAUCCUGCCAAAAUUGCCAUCAACCAAGUACUAUUUACUGUUAGAAUCAAAAAGUCAUUUAGGCUGUGCUAUGAUUACAUUAAAUAAAUGAAAUGAUGGGUCAUAGAAGUUCAAUGCAUGGGUAUUAUUUAUGGUGUCAUCUAAUUGUAAGAGGUGAAUGCUUUUUUAAAUGUAGUGGAAGAUUUAACUUUAGUUGUUUCCCUUUUCUUGUUUGAAAGUAUAAGAUCAGAAUUGUUGAAGAGUGUGUGACCCAUGUUUGAUAGAGGCGAGGGGUAAUCUGUCAGAAAACAUUAUUUACACACCAUUGUAUGAAAAUGUAUUAUAAUUUUACUUCACUUCAAAUGCGCUGUCAUUUUACAGACACCUUUAAUUGUAAUAUACUUUCUUUUUAUUAUGAACAACAAAAAUUAAAACUUGUUUCUAAAAA